CUAGACCUAAGCGCAAAAUGCACAGCAGCACACAGAGUUGGCCAAUCCUCAGGACCGGAAGAAACCCCACAGUUAGAGAAAGGCCAGGACCAGAGCAAAGGAGGAGAGGGGAGAGCAGCCCGGAGGCUAAUGACGAGAUUGCAACGCCUGCACCCCGCAGUGACAAGCCGGGACCCCCGGGAUCCCAGACAGGCUUGCUCAGGGGCACGGAGCCCGUGAAGGGCAAAACCUGUAUCAGAACCACACACAGCGGCUCCCAGGGAACCCCCACGCAUGAUUCCUUGCCCAUUUCCCCAGCCUCUGUGAACCCUGGAAACUGGAGACCUUACAUCUCUUCCUCCACUCGGCCUCCCAACACAGCUUGGGCAGCAAGUGAGUCAAGCUCUGGGGGAGGAGGGGUGGCCUCCCCCACCUGGCACCUGGUAGAAGGCUCCCGCCCCCAGCAUCCUCCAGGUCUGGGCAGGUCCCCUGGCAGGCCGCUGGCACCUUUCCCUCCGGCUGGCACCUUUCCCUCCGUGAUGCUGCCAGGCAGCCCUCGGCCCAACCCAGGUGCUGCACCCCAGGGCUCCCCAUUCACGGUCCUUGGGGCCCAGGGUUUGCCAGGCUUUCCCUUCCCCAACCCUAGAGGCCAGACCCAGGGGAAGCCAGAGAGCCUGCGAGUCCCUAGGGUGUACAGAGCGAGCCCUGGGGUAGAGCCGCCCCAGCCCCAGCCCCAGCCCCAGAGCAUCUAGGGUAGUCACAGCCGGCUGGGGUCAGGGGCCCGGCUAGGGCCGGGGAAAGCCAACCAGGCUCUGCACUGUGGCCUCCACCCCCCUCUUGGCCUCCCACUUCUGCACUGGUUGUAAAAUGUCUUCCACGCCCCGCAGCCUGGCCCGGGCUUCUACUCAGCGGCCAGCGGCCCCAACAACUCACCAGCAAACAUUCCACUUGCUUCCCCGUGCCCCCAGCCAGCUGUCCCAUUCUUCCCUGACAGGUCAUUUUCCAAGUGGAUAGGAACCCCAGUCCCCUCCCGGGUUUCCCCCGAAUUCCUCUGUUUUUCCUACAUCUUCCUACUCCUCUGCCCACCCACCCCCCAACCAUGUCCUCACCUGUUGGGUCUCCCCACCAAGUGCUCCGAUUCCAGCUAUCCCCCUACUUCUCACCGUACCCCCCGCCCCCAGUACCCAUCUUCCACCCCUGAUCUCCAACUGCGCCAGGUCCUCCGCGCUUCAAGGAACUCCCCUCCUGUCUCCUCCAGGAUCCACCCGGCAACCCACUCCUCCCAUCCUCUGCCCUGGAAUCUCCCUCCCCAAAUUCUCCGGCCUCAGCCCACAAUACUCUUCUGAUGCCCCACCCCCAGUUCCCCGCUCCUUCGCCCGCUCCGGACCCCAGAACUCUCCCUUUCGGAACCCCGGGACCCACCCCCUGCACAGACGCGCGCGCGCACACCCACACACCCACACACCCACACACGCGCGCGCGCGCGUUACCUCCAGACGCCUCCGGGUCUCGGGGAACCCCCCCACCCGCCCACCAAAAAGCCCACUUCACUCCCCAGA